UGCGAAAGAUAAACUCUUGUCAGGGUCGUCUGAGGGAGCGAAUACAUGUUGCUACGCAUGUGGGGGCAUUCAGGUUUACGUGCGUCCGAAUCAGCGGCUCCGUGACUGUGCGCCCCGCAAAACAGUCGCCACUCCAACGACACCACGAGAGUGGGGAAGAUGCGGCUCGGUGUGCCGCUGAAAAGUCCACGGAGCUGGCUCACGGAUGAAAACGCGAUUCGGUAACAGAACUGCACCGCAGAAUGUCUUCGCGGAAGAUCUCCUCAGAGUCGUUCAGCUCCAUGGGAUCCGACUACCUCGAGAGCCCCGACGACGGAGAAUGCCCCUUUUCGCGCGUGUUCUGGAACGGCAAAAGCCCCGUGGAAACGCUGUCGUGUCCAUUUGAUGACUUGGGCAUCAAGCGGACUACCAGGCGUAAGCGCGUGAACCUGGACUCCCUGGGGGAGAGCUUGAGGAGACUCACCUCACCGACGACACAGACGAUCCAGCUGGCCCUGCAGAGAACUGUGGAGUUCUAUCAGCAGAGGAAUAUCAGCAGCGGGGAAGGUACUGAACAGAAGAAUGUGUUAGAGAAGUGUCCAUUUGUAAAGUUGCAGUCUGAUGACCAAAGUGACAUCUCAGGAAUACUGCAGUACACAGCAGCAAUAGUGGACGUGGGCUUCGCUGCUUUGAGGGAACGCUUCGGUGAGGAGUUCUUCGGCUUGUGCCUGGAGGAGAACGAGCGGGUCCUGCGCUCACUGGGCGGGAACCUGCAGGACUUCUUCAACGGCUUCGACGCCCUGCUGGAGCACGCCAGAACCUCGUACGGACGCAGAGCGUCCUCGGAGUCGCCGUCAUUUCUGUGCAAAGAUGUCGAUGCGGACCACGGGGACAAAGCGGACGCAGGGAAGGCGGGAGAAAGAGCUCUCCUCCUGCACUGUUUCAACCCCGACCCCACGGUGGGCUUGGUCAUGCCGGGCCUGAUCCGGGCUGCCGCCCGCCGAAUCUACCAUUCAGAAGUCCAGGUGGAGGAGGCCUCUCCCACUUGGCUCCAUGCAGCCACGGAGGAUGGAGGACUCUCUACAGACUCCACACCUUCAUUGUCCCCAUCUCCACCCACGUUGUCAUCCCCGACCUGCCUGUCUUUUCUCAUACGAGAGACUCGGACUGCGCCAUCUUCGUCGUGCCCUGCCUACUCCCCGAGGCAACUGUCCCGUUCGCCGCUGGACCUGCCAAUCAGCCUGGGCACGUUCUGCCGAGCCUUCCCCUUCCACCUGGUCAUUGGCCCUGCCAUGGAGGUGCUGCAGGUGGGGGAGGGGCUAAGGCAGGUGGGGGAGGGGCUUCGGAAGCCUCACAGAACGCUGAGCUUCAGCGACAGCUUCCAGAUCGUCUCUCCCAGAAUCCCUUGCUCCUACCAAAACAUUUUGCUAAGGCUGUCCACACCGUUUACUAUCCACACACGGCCUGAUGCCACCUCCCUUGACAGCAAGGAGAAGGUAAUGGAGCUGAAAGGUCAGAUGAUCCACCUCCCAGAGUCCAACUCCAUUAUGUUCCUAGGCUCGCCACGUGUUGAUAGGCUGGAGGAGCUCAUGGGGCGGGGCUUGCAUCUUUCAGACAUCCCUAUCCAUGAUGCGACCCGUGAUGUCAUUCUGGUGGGCGAGCAGGCCAAGGCCCAGGACGGCCUGAAGAAGCGCAUGGACAAGCUGAAGGCCACGCUGGAGCGCACGCACCAGGCCUUGGAGGAGGAGAAGCGGCGCACGGUGGAGCUGCUCUACUCCAUCUUCCCUGGGGACGUGGCCCAGCGCCUGUGGCAGGGUCUCCCCGUACAGGCCAAGAAGUUCGACGACGUCACCAUGCUCUUCUCGGACAUCGUGGGCUUCACGGCUGUGUGCGCGCAGUGCACACCCAUGCAGGUCAUCAGCAUGCUCAACGAACUCUACACGCGCUUUGAUUACCAGUGCGGCGUGCUCGAUGUCUAUAAGAUAGAGACUAUUGGUGAUGCGUACUGUGUGGCAGCAGGGCUGCACCGGAAGAGUGACAGCCACGCUAAGCCAAUCGCUCUCAUGGCCCUGAAGAUGAUGGAGCUAUCGGAGGAGGUGCUUACGCCAGACAGAAAACCAAUCAAGUUGCGUAUAGGCAUCCACUCGGGCUCUGUACUGGCGGGGGUCGUGGGGGUGAAGAUGCCGCGCUACUGUCUGUUUGGGAACAACGUCACACUCGCCAGCAAGUUUGAGUCAGGCAGCCAGCCACGCUGCAUCAACAUUAGCCCUACCACUUACCAACUCAUACGUGAUGAUCAUUCCUUUACUUUCAUCCCUCGCUCCCGUCAGGAGCUUCCUGACAACUUUCCCAAAGAGAUCCCAGGAAUCAGCUACUUCCUGGAAGCAGGCAAGCCUCAGAGCCAUGCCCCCCUUACUAGUACUCGCUCCGCCCCCAUUCGGAAGGUAUCCUAUAACAUCGGAACCAUGUUUCUACGGGAGACCAGCCUCUGAGAUAAACCCACCCACCUUGCAGGCUAGUGAUGGCUUUGGCAACCAAUAACUCUAUCUCUCUGACACAGCACUCCGCCCCCAGGGGUGAAUAUAUGAGAAGGACCAGGGGAUGCGUGAAUAUUCACGUGAUUCAAAUUUGACUUUAAGGAGACUCGGGAAUUUGAAUACAUAUAUAUUUGAAUAAAUACAUAUAUUUGCAUAAAGCCUUCUGCUCCAAGAUGUAGACAACAAUAACAGAACACACACAGAUACACUAUACCCACAAUAACAAAUACAUUAUCCAAAAACACUCAAACAAGCAUAAGCCGUACCAACAAUAACAUGCACAUGCACAAUUACUACAUGAACGACACCAACAAUACUAUGUUUCUGCACAAUUUUAUGUACACACACUUGCACACACUCAAGCAUUUACAUACACUUGUAAUAUUCAAACACUGAAAGGUUCACACACAUACACAUAGCUCUCAGCACUGUAGGACAUAAGACAGGAUUCACAUUCAAAACUGGGUGCCUUCUAAUAAAUAGACAAUGUGAGCCCCUCCCUGCUUACAGCAGACACACACAACCCAUCCCAGCUGUAAUACAGAUAGGCACUGCGUGUAUGUUUAUAAUGAGACCAUUGUCAUCAUCACAUCAUGUGGCUGAACAGUGGUGGACAACAUACACAAAUCUGGAAACCCUGGAGUAAAACCGUAGAUACUCCUGGUAAAAUUUUACUCAAGGUAAGGUAGACCUACAACACAUUUUGACUUGAGUUUAAGUACAAAAUGUAUUCAAGUAAAUGUACUAUGGUUUUGUUUGGGUAUAGCAUAACUAAGGCUGGGAGGAAAACAAUUCAGUGUAACAGCACAAUAUUUUGUGUUUAAAAAUAACAUUGAUACAUGGAGGCCUAUGUAUUCAUAUUUUAUUAUUUAAUUAUGAACAUUUUUUAUGUCUAUUGAACUUGUUAUACUUCUUAACAUAAUCCACUUUUUUUUUUUUUUGGUUUGUCGGUUAUAAAACAAAAAAUCAAUUGGAUGGUUUUUGGAGGGAUAAUCAGCAAAAGUAAUGAAAUGGCUUAAAUUGCUUUUGUAGGGUUUCUCCUUCCCUAUUUUUUUGCACCUCUGUCCUGUCUUCCUCUGAUUUAUGGGGAUAACCUGCAGAUACUAAUAGUAUGAAUCUAGCCCUACAACCUAUUCACAGCUGCUGCGGUUAGCUCAUUAAAAACAGGUUCCAUUCCUUAAAACGAUAGCGAGCUAGCUCAGCACAGUUGUCAUUUACCUCAGUGUGCUUUUCCAAAUUUGAUGUUAAAAGUCUUGAAGGAUGAAUUCCUUUGUUAUUGAGACAAGCACAGCAGGCAUUUGGAAAUGAAGGAAUCCUUCUUCUGUUCCAGAAAUAUAAUAAAUCCUUUAACUGAGCCCGUCGGUGGCGUGAGGAAGGUGAUGGAUUGUCUGUCAUUUCUGUUUUUGUUUUUUUUUUGAAGCCUUGUUUUAGAUGUACUUGGCUUGUGUGCUCUUUAUGUUCUUCAAGUAGUUAGGCUGCUGUUAAACAUGUUAAAGCAAAUUAGCCAAUUAAAAUACCCACAGAUCCCUGACUACUGUCCUUUAGUUUAAAAAAUGCAUCAUCAGCGACAUCACCACCAUCGCCCUCCUCUUUAUACAAUUUCUUGUCACUUUAAAAGUAACAGACUAACAGGUGUUGUAUAAAUAUGGAGUAAAACGUGUAAAUUCUUACUGUGAAUGUAGGGAACGAAGUCCAAAAAUAUAUUAAGGUAAAGUGUAAAUAUUAAGGUAAAGUGUAAAUACUUCAAGAUUGUACUUCAGAGUUCAGAAACUAAGUACAUGUACCUCAUUAGUGUCCACCACUGGUCCUGAUGUCACGUAUUACAUCUUAUAAAACCUUGUCUACAGAUUGUGUGAGUGCAUGUGUGUCUAUGUGCCUAUGUUUCUGUGUGUGUGUGUGUGUGUGUGUGUGUGUGUGUGUGUGUGUGUGUGUGUGUGUGUGUGUGUGUGUGUGUGUGGAGAGAAAUUCAUUUGAUGGUUUCUGCUUGGCCAUCCAUUCUGUAGUCAUUGAGAUUAAACUCUCAUCACUGUGCAUCCACUCCACAGCAAAUCAAGACCUAUCAAUCUCACCUAGCUGUCCAAUCACACAAAGUCAAGAGGUGUCAAUCAAACAUGUUCUUCCAGUCACAACAAACCAAGAGUUUUCAGUCCGACCUGCCCCUGCACUUGCACCAACCCAAGAGCUGUCAAUCAUUUUUCACAGUGCCAAUAAAA